AUGGCCGUGGACAUCCUGACGCAGGGCUUCAGCGAUUGGAGCGCCGAUUGCCCCGAGGCCACCAAACCUUCGUUGAAUGUGGACUCCAACGGGGUUUCGGUGAAUUGGGGUCGACAGAAAUGCAGGAUCAGUUUGAUGGGACAGAGAGUCACCAUCUUCGAUUUCAACUUCGGCAGCACCAACGUCAACUGGCCCGAGCCUUUGAAGACGGUGGCCAAGCCCGGCUUCCCCGAGUGGAGUGCCGGUUGCCCCGAAUUCGCGCGGCCGUCGCUGUCGGUGAGCUCCAACGGUUUGGACUUGGACUUUGGUCGGCAGAAGUGCGAGAUCAGCAUGAUGGGCAAGACCUUGAAGCUCAUCGACUUCGACUUUGGCCGCACCAGCCUGCAAUGGCCCGAACCCUUGAAGACGGUGACAGAGUUCGGCCUGGCACCCAUCAAGACCAUGGUGGACCUGGGACGUCAGGCCGUGAAUUGCGCCACCGGAGGAGGGCCCUUGGAGGUCUUCAAAUGCUUCGGGCUGUUGAUCAUUGAGCAGGUACCUCCAUUGAGCUUCCUCACCAGGAUGGGUGAUAUGAUCCAGGAGUUCAUCGAAGUCUUUGCAGUGGUGGCUAAAACCAUUGUGAAAAAGGUGAUUGAGGAGAAGGCAUCACUACUCUCAGAGGCGGCCACCAGCAAGUUCCCGAGGAUUGGUGAGUCGCCAGCCAUCCACCAUGCGAGCAAGAACUUGGCGAUCAAGAAACACACCCGACGCGGGCCCGGAGCCAAGAAACUGGCCAAGAUGAAGCGUGCAUCGAAAACAUCGCUCUUGCAGGAGGGGGAUGAUGAUGGUGGAGAUUCGGAUUCACUCUUCGAGUUUGAAAUCCAUGAUAAUGAUGGCAACUAUGCCACCAAAUUGAUCACUCAGUUCGCUGGCAAGGAAAUCGACACGGCCUCCUGCCUGGCCUUUGCGCCCAAGACACGAAGUGGCUCCAACGGCGCGGUGGCGCAGUCAGAUUGGCAGGUGAAUGACGAAGAUGACUUCAUCAAAUUGGAGCCAUGGGCUGUGCCAUGUGACAACAGUUGGAUGAUGGAUAAGGAUCAUCUGACGAAAUGGGCGGGCUAUUCCUUCUACACCUGGGAGAUGGCGAUUGAGAAGUGCGUCACCGUUUCCUAUGCGCUCUCCAUGCAGCCUGUCUUGGCCUUCGUGGGCGGCUUGGAGUUCGACAUUCUCCCCGCACCGCUGGCGGAUAUCGAUACCAUGGUCUGCUGGCCGGACAAGCAACCAGGCGGCGUCGACCUGAGCGUCUUGCGGACCGUCAUCAGCUCGGGGGGCGUGAUGCUCUACAGUCGCACGCUACGAUUGGUGAAACGCUUCGGAGACAACACGGACUUUACGGACAACAACAUCUAUUCAGCCUACGAAACGUACCGCAACCCGGCAGGAGUGGCGGUUGGAAGUCAUAGUGUGGAAGAUGACCGUACUUUGGAGGCCAUGGACCGCACCGCUUCGCUGCUGCAAAAUCGCAGCCAGACGCCUCCUGAGUUGGUCUGGAGGGAUCAGGAGCUGUAUUUGGCCACCAUGGAAUACGGCAAGCAUCUGGAGCAAACCAUCCUCUCUGAGCAUCGCGACCACGCUGCGGCCCAUCGCUUAGGAUUGCUUCAGACGGACGCGACAAGCAGCGCGAAGAGCGGCGCGGAUGAAGUGCAACUCUUCCGCUUCCGCAAUCCUGGCCUGGUGAGUUUUGAGAUCAAGGGUGAGAUGGUGGGCAACCAGUUGGAUAUGGUGAUGCAGGUGAGCUUCGGGGGCUUCAAUUCACCCGAGAAGCGCAUCAAAUUGGUGGAUCUGGUGGAUCAGUUCGCGGUGGUGCUGACUGCCAUGCCCUUCGUCUCCGUGGGAACCAAGGCGAAAGCGAUCGCUGCGUUGAAGGGCUUCAACGAGGACGAUGUGAAGAAGGUCGUACCAAAGGCUUGGGACCUGGCGAGUACGGAGUACGAAGCCGAUUGGAGUUACAGCUUCGAUCACGAAGGCUGGAGCUUUUCCCCACCCAACACGGCCAUCACCGGCUUCCGGCGCAGUCAUGAGAACAACUUGUACAACUUGGAGGCCGCCAAAUAUCGCAGCACUCAGUUUGAUGAAGAGGAGUGCGAGUAUGUGAAUUUGAGUCCAGCCUUGGACAAUGCAAAUUCCUGGGGCCUGUGUCCAGAUGGCUACUUCUUCCAUGGCUUGAAUCCUGGCGACAUGAUGAACCGCGGGCCCUGGGAAUGCAAACACAUCGGCUGCAUCGAAUGGGGCAAAUGCUGCCGCCCCAAAGGGGCAGGUCGUUGGGGUCAGUGUCAGAUUGCAGAUUGGAGCACCAGCUUCGACGACACAGGUUCAUCAACCUGCCCCUUUCCAUAUGGCUUGGUCGGGCUGUACCGGAGUGGCACGUCCGGCAUCCAGGGGAUUGAGCUUGCCUAUUGCUGUGAACUCGGAGUUCCUACGAACACCGAAACCAACUACUACCUCUCGGCGACGGAAUAUGCGGCUGACUGGUCAAGUAGCUUUGAUAGCGCCGGCUGGUCCUCGGCGGAUGGUUUUAUCACAGGCUUUCAUCGUAACAGUGGAACGGAGCUCUACUACUUGGAGACGGCUUUCUAUCGCAAACCCCACGAAGGCUGGACCUGCAAGCAUGGUGACUGGAGUGCCUCUUUGGAUCAUGCUGGGUGGAGUCUGUGCCCAGAGGGGUACUAUAUCAAGGCCCUGGAGCGCAGCAACAACUAUAACCUGCACAACGUGGAGAAAGCCGACUGUUGCAAACCCAACAGUGCACCCGAGAAGUGGGGACCCUGCUACGAGGAAGAUUGGAGCUACAGCUUUGACCAGCAACACAGCUUCUUGCUUCCGAAACGUGAGAAAGCAGGUGAUUCCAAGUGCAAGUUACCCAACACGGCUUUGGUUGGCCUGGAACGUGAUGAGACGGACAACCUGAGCGGCAUCAAGAAAGGGAAGUGUUGCCAGUUGCCUCCGGCCACGAUGGGCACCCAGGACUUUUCCGUCCGCUAG